AUGAUUAGAUUCAAAGGCCGCUCAACUCUGAAGCAGUACAUGCCUCUCAAACCCAUCAAGAGAGGCUACAAAGUAUGGGUGAGAGCUGACGAGUCGGGCUAUAUAUUUGUGAGUUCCAAAUAUAUACAGGCAAAGUUGCAAGAGGUCAAACAGUCACUUCUUGGUGAAAGGGUUGUAAAAGAUCUGACAGAAAAACUCUCAGGUUCUAACCAUAAAGUAUUUUUUGACAAUUUUUUCUCAUCGGUAAAUCUUCUCAAAGACCUCCAAGCCAAACAGAUCCAAGCUUGCGGUACUAUACGCAAAGAUAGGGUAAACCUUCCACACGAUCUUGCUGACGACCGUUACAUGGUUAGAGGUGCUAGUGACUGGAGAUCGACUGUUCCUGGCAUUGUAGUUGUUAAGUGGAUGGACCAAAAGCCUGUUUAUUUCAAACUACCACGAUCCAACCGUUGA